AUGGGUCUUAUCACUGAAGGUUUUGCCGUAAAGAAUGACAUCGCAGCCCGAACAUCGUCUCCAGAGAUUAGCACGAUGAACGGUUCUAAAGUUACGGCCGUAUGUCAAACGAGCCUGGCAAUGUUUUCAAUAGAUAGUCGUGAACGCCUGGAGGCAACGGAAGCCUACACCACAACAGACCUGCCGAUGCGAGCGGUGGAGUCACUCGGAGAAAAAGCAGCAUUCUGGCCGCGCCUGCGGGAUUUGCAGUUUGAGGAAGCCGAUUCUCCCGAGGUCGACCUGUGA